UUUCGGAAGGAGGCUGGACUUCUUUUGGUCGGAUGGGGGCGCCUCACUGCCAUGUGAGGCUCACCGAGCCCCGUGGACGUGGUCGAGUGUAUUUUGUGGACUCGUAGUUGUGCGUGGGUUUUCCCGAAAGGAAUUGAAGAAGCAGAAGCAGUCUCUCCUGCAUGGAACCAAGCCAGUGGAAGUUAAAGGGGACUCAUACUUGAACCAAGCGAAGGAGACUUGAAGUGAAUUGCGUGUGUGUAAAUGAGCAAGUUGUCCUGUCGUGGGAAAAAAAAGUCCAUCUAGCCCUUGCAGGAUUCCAGCGUGACGCUUCGUGUAAACAUCAUGGCAGCAGCGUCCUCACCCUCCUUCGGCCUCCUGCUAUUUCUCUUCACGUCCUGGCUUUCGUCUCCGGCCUCGGCCUUUGUCAGCGACUGGCACCACAUCACGCCAUCAGCUCCUCUUGAACCUCACUUCACAAAGUGUACAUCCCAGGAUCAAAUGACAUUCAGCUGCUGGUGGAGUCCCGGCAGUUUCCACAACCUGUCUGACCCCGGAGCAUUGAGAGUCUUCUAUCAGAAGCGCGUUAUAGACGCCUCCACGAAAAACGAAUGGAGAGAGUGUCCAGAGUAUUUCCACUCGAGGCGAGAAUGCUUCUUUGAUCAAAACCACACGUCCAUUUGGACCCCCUACUGCUUGCAACUGCGCAGCCGAGACAACGUUACCUAUUUCAACACGGAUGACUGCUUCUCUGUGGAAAAUAUUGUGCGUCCUGACCCUCCGGUGGCUCUCAACUGGACCUGCCUGAAUGUAAGUCCCUCCGGGCUCACUUACGACGUCAUGGUGACAUGGGAGCCACCCGCCUCCGCUGACGUCCGGAUGGGCUGGAUGAGUAUCGUGUAUGAGGUCCAGUACCGAGAGAAGAACAGCAGCACCUGGGAGACAAUGGAGGUUCAGCUGCAGCCUCAAACCGAGCAGACUAUCCACGGACUCCAUGUCGAAAAAGUAUACGAGGUGCACAUCCGCUGCAGGAUGAAGGCCUUCACCAAGUUCGGAGACUUCAGUGAAUCUAUUUUCAUUCAAGUCUCUCGCAUUCCAAACAAAGAUGCAUUUUCAUUGCUCACAUUGGUUAUCGUUUUGGGGGUUGUGGCCGCCGUCAUACUCAUCAUGUGGGUUGUUGUCUCACAGCAGCACAGAUUAAUGGUCAUUCUGUUGCCACCGGUUCCGGCGCCCAAAAUUAAAGGCGUGGAUCCAGAGCUGUUAAAGAAAGGGAAGUUGGAUGAGCUGAAUUUCAUUCUUAGCGGUGGAGGUCUUGUUGGCGGCCCCAUGUAUUCGCCAGACUUUUACCAAGAUGAGCCGUGGGUGGAAUUCAUCGAGGUGGACGUGAAGGAUCCGGACACUGGGGAAAAGGAGGACAACCAGGCCUCGGACACCGAGAGGCUGUUAGGGGGCUCUCAGUCAAGCGGACACCGAGCCGGGUGCUCCACUGCUUUCAGCUUUCCUGACGAUGGCGGCGACAGCGACCGCCCUUACGCAUCGAAUGAUCCCGAUGAAGACGGCGCCGUGCUGACGUCCACGCUGCUCCCGGGCCAACCCGACCACAGAGAAGCCUCCCUCUACGUGGACUCAGAGCAAAUAGAGAAACCCCCGGAGCACCCUCAAAGCGGAGUUCCUCAGACUUGGGUCACCACGGAUUUCUACGCCCAGGUCAGCAACGUCAUGCCCUUCGGGGGUGUGGUGCUGUCCCCCGGCCAGCAACUACGAACUCAGGAAGGCGGCCCGGCCUCGAACGAAGACGCAAAGAAAGGGAAGAAAGACUGCGAGGAGGAGAAGAAGCAAAAGGAACGUCAGUUUCAGCUCCUGGAUUUGGAACCGGCUGACGAGAGCAGCACCCCGCCUUACUGCUCCAUGCCCGACGAGAGCUGCCAGCCCAGCGAGCCUAGGCCGAAUGAAGCCUACCAGUCGCCAUACGUCUCCCCCGACUCCCCCCAGGCGCAGCUCUUUGCCCCCGUAGCGGACUACACGGUUGUACAGGAGCUAGAUAGCCAGCGCAGGGUUCUGCUGGACCCGCCUCCCAUCCAGUCAGCGCCGUUGUGCCUGUCGCAGCACACCCUCAAAGCCCUCCCCGCCAUGCCCGGGGGGUACGUGACCCCAGACCUGCACGGGACAUUCUCGCCUUGAACGCAACACGUUUAGACUGGGAAGUUAGCUGACUCCCGUUGGAGGCCGAUUGACUCGCUGAGAAUGGCGGGAGGGGAGUUGAAAUUGCGCCCGCUGCCUUACAUCCGCGCCGCCGAAAUGUAUUUCAUGCGCUUUGUGUUUCCUUGCAAGCGACGUAGGAGAGACGUUUUUCAAGAAGCAAUCAUUUUGACGCUUCUUUAGGUAAUCGCCGAAGUCUUAACAGUGCAAAGAGUCGCGCAGUUGCCCUGGCUCGAAGACGGCAGGAGAAGAAGCGUCUGCCAUUGUUUACUUCUUAAAUAGUGUACAUAAUUGACACAACUUUAGAAUGUGUGCUUUCAAGACAUGUCCAACGAUUAAUAGUUUAUUUGUUGAAUUUGUAAUUUCAUUUUUUAUUUUUAGUUUUUAGCUGAAAACCGCAACCCUGCAGGAUAAAAAUGAACAACGCAACGACAAAUAAUCCAGUCAAAAAGCUUGUGUGCUUUCCAGCUAAAGGAUUCUCAUCCGAUCAUCUAUUUCCUAUCGCACUUGUCGACAUGCCUAUCCCAGCUGACUUUGGCCAAAAUCGGAGCCGAAACCUUUACAUUGAAAACGUGGACUGGGAAUGAAUAACAUUGUGCAUGAAUGUAUUUUACAAACGAUCACGCGCACACAAUUUCUUCAACGUAACUGUGAUAAAACGAGCUUCUACGCGGCGUCAUGGCGCCUUGCAGGAGGCCGCUAUGAGACGUUCGGUGACACUAAGGAAAUUGCCAUGUUGGCUGACCAAAGGGAAAUCCUGAAACGCGGUUCAUGGAUGGGAAUGAGUUCCCCCCCUUUGAUCCUGGCCCAUGUUUAAUUCCAUUUUACGCAAAGGAAUCUUAGCAGCUGUACUUUAAAACGGAAGGAAUGGCUUUCUAUGCCGUUAAAAAAAAAAAAACUUAGUAUCAAUACUUUGAAAGCUGCUGUAUAUGUAGCUGACGGACACACACACACGCACGCACACACUAUCAACCUAUACCAGCUCAGCUACUGCAACCCUUACGAUGUUAUUUGAAAUGUGCUCCUAUAUGUUUAUGUCAAAUAAUUCAGGGACGGCGAAUGGAUUGAGUCCAAAGAAUGUGAAGGAGUGUCAGUCGACACAGUGUGAACAACUGCUUUUCCACGGUUGCGUUCAAUGCUUGUCGUGCCUGUUUCGACGGAUGCUUAAUUAGUAGACGUAAUAAUUGCAAUAGGCUUUAGACUAGGCUAAAAAAUAAUAAUAAUUGCAGAGGCGGCAAUAUGUUUAGGUGAACUGGUGAAGCAUCUCUGCGUACGCGUUCAUAAAAUCCAUUUACCAUUUGAUCCAUUUAUCCUCACGAGGUUCGAGGCCGUGCCGGAGGCUAUCCCAGAUAGUCUUGGCCCAAUAGGCGGGUUCCACCCUGAAUUGCUUGCCAGCCAAUCGCAGGGCACACAUAGACAAACAGACAAACCGCAGUCACAAACACACCCAGGGACAAUUUAGACUGUUCCAGUAACCUAACGUGCACGUUUUUUUGGAAUGUGGAAGAAAACCGGAGUAUCCGGAGAAAACCCACACAGGUGUGUUGAGGACACGCAAACUUCACAGAGUUAGGACGGGACCGGAUUCUGCACUGUGAGGCGGACAUGCUAACCAGUCGACCAGGUUAUAAUUACAUGUGGAUUUAAAAGUUACAAAGAGUUGUAUACACAAAUCGGCCUGAUUGCAACAGUUUUUUUGGGUGUUUGAAAGGAGGAGGGUGAUGAUUGUAAAGCUUUGAUAGUGUUUCACAAAAGUGCCCAUUCAAACUAAUUGAAUCAACAAAUCAAACUAAUUCAGCCUUGUGCUGGCCGCCAUUUGAAUAUGAUCAGUAACCGACAGAAAUGUAAUUGUUUUCUAAGAGCUUUUUCUUUAACUGUUAUCGGGAAUACAAAAAGUAUAUUUUAAAUAGAUUUCAUUUUGUGACAGCAGCCCUGUAUAAUGUUGCUACCUGGUACUUCUGCAUUCGCUGAAGGUUCAUUUAAGGGCGAGCUAGCAGUACUGUAUUGUGGCUUCGUUCAGAUUUAGUGGGAAAAGACUGCAAAGCUAAUAAUGCUGCUCGCCUGCUACCUGGAAAUGGUCCGUCUGCGCUAAAGUGCCUGCGCAAGUGCAUGUGUAUGGAAUUGCAUGUGUCAGUAUGUUUGUGUGAGUAUGAUAGUGUGUGUGCGCGCAUUUAAGUGCCUUCGUACAAGUAUGGGGCAGAGCGACGUGGUGUUUAGGGUUGGGCCAAUGCCACCCCCUGUCACUCUCCAGAUACCCCACAACAAGGGAAAAUGUUUGAUAUUUUUUAUUUUUCUGCCUUUCUCACGUGUGUGUGUGUGUGUCUGCGUGCGUGCGUGCAUAAGUGCACAACUACGUUGCAGUGUGUACUUGUUCACAUUUAAGCACAUGUGAAUGUCAGUGCCUGUGAGAUUGCGUGUGUGCAUGUUUCUGAGUAUGUAAGUGCGCGUGUGUGUAAGCCCGUGCGCGUCAAUGUACUGUAUGGAUGCGAGUGUUGAUUGGUAUUUUGGGGUCUGGUGUCCACAAAACAAAAAACUUGGAAAUAUUUUGUCAAUAAUCCACAUUCAUUUUAAUCUUGAAUAAAAUUUGCACACCCGUGUAUGUGUGCACUUCAUAUUCAGAGUUACUCACACUUAUUUACAUGUCUGUAAAUAAAUAAAAAUGGUUCUCUCUUCGAGGGGUGGGGGCAUGAUCUGUUCAGUCAGACGUCUGUUUCAUAACUCAUGGCAGGAUUCCUUCAUUCAGUACUGAAUGAAUUUUAUGUUUCCAUGUUGUGUUAUAAAAUUAAUGAAUUUAGAAAUCUCUUGGUCAAAAUCUUUGCAGCCUACUUUUUGAUAAAACACGUUUUGAAAUGUUAAAUUAAUUGUAGUGAAAUACAAAUACGAUGGCAACAUCCAUUUGACAUAUCUUCUGUUAUGCCGUUUCCUUCACCGCUGUCACUGUAUAGCACAUUGGUGCUCUGACAUCAUAGUCGCUCAGUUUAUUAUCUUUAUGGGGGGGAUGGAGGUUGUAACUAGCUGACGGUUGCCACAUUUAUGAGUAAACAUUGUAAGGAAAUAUUUCAAAGUUGGAGCCCCAAUGGCAAUUGAUUUGAAAGUUAUGUUAAAAAAAGAGUGAAUUACAGACAUUGAUGAAUCCCAUAUUACAAGUGCAUGUUUACACGUAAUUAUUGGCAUUUUUUUUCAGGUCUUAAUAAUGUCAUUGAGCUUGACUUUCACUGCAAUUUUUUUCUAUUAAAUAGUCCAAUCCCAAAAACCUGAAUGUUCAUCUAAAACAUUGGCAACACCUGUUAUAAAAAUACCACAAAAACGGUUUUCAGUUAUGAACAGGUUUUGAUUGCUGUCGUAGAAAUAGUAAAAUACAUUAUGCUGCAAUUUAUGUUGUUUUGGUUGAGAAAACACUCAUCUUGUCCCAUCCCCCCAUCUUUUACUUUUAAUUCUACGCUGACAUCACUCACACAUAUCUAAUCUCCACUUUCACCCUCCAAAAAUCUGAAAAUAGGUCACGGUUGAUGUUACGUUUCUUUUUCAUUUCAACUCGUUGACACAAUUUGGAAAUAAUUUUCUAUCAGCUGUUGUAUGAACUCUUUACCAGUAGAGGGCGCUAACAUACAUAUACUGUAACUCCGUGCCAUAGAGUGCUCAUUUAACCUCUAAAACAGUGUUAGCCCACGUUGCUGUGACAUGUCAUUUAUCUGGAGUGGCACCUGGGAGUCUCCAAGCAGAUUCCAUGGGUGGCACUGCCCCCCCCCCCUUGUCUCCGCCAGUGGUGCGUACAUGUACUAAGUGCAUGACUAAUUGUGAGUACGCUUGCGUAAAUGUGACUGUGAGCGCAUGUCAGUGGACUUUGACAAGUAUGCCAUUUGCUCGGUUAUGAAUGUAUGAAUGGACAGAUACAUAUGGACAAGUUUUCCGUUGUAUGGCAACCCCCCCCCCCACUGCCCCCCAAAAAAUGAAGGAAAUUCCCAGCAGGGAAUUUCCUGCUGGGAAAUGCUGGGAACUGCAUUCAACAGGGUUGCCCUGUUGAAUGCAGUUCUGUUCAGCGUUGUCACUGUGAAUGUGUGCAAACUGGAAUAUAUGCAAUGCAAUCAGUGACGAGCAGCCGAGAGAUCAUUUCUUCAAGCUCUGUGUGUGUGUGUGUGUGUGAGUGUGAUUGCCAGCUCACAAUAAAUUCAUUCUUAACCUCGUGCAUAUGGUGAUUGCAACUUUUUUUUUUCGAAAUGUGACAGACACUUUAGACUCAGCACUUUGUACACGUUCGACAGAUCCCGCCUUCGAGUCAGAAUUUAGUAGGGUUAUAUACAAAAGGUUGCUUUUUCUUGACUGUUUUUUUAAUUACGUGUUUAAAUGUGGUAAUUUUGUUUGGAUUUUUCUUUUCCUUUCUUUUUUUUUAAUGGUUUUCUAUAUGGGGUUUGUUAACUGAUGGGUCGUGGACAGUAGAAUAUGUUGCAUGUAUUCAUAUUCAUAAAUAUAUGUUUUAUCCCUCGGGACAGUACAGAGGUGGAGCAACCAAGUUUACACACAAAAUAAUAAGGCAAAUGCUAGAAAUGUUACUUCCUUGUGUUCUAGCAACUAUAGUGUAGUCUGUAAACAAAUACCGCGCAAUGUCAUGGCUAGCAAUAUGCUUUUGGCGCUGCAUUAAACAGUUUUUUUGUUGUUGUUUUUUAAUCAUACGUUGUACAUUUGAUUUCAGGUGGUGUAUUUUGAGGCCUAUUUUGAGGAGUAUUGUUCUUAAUUUCUAAUGAAAUGGAUCGCGA